AAGAGCUAUUUGACAUCGCCAUUCCCACGUGUUCUCCUUCAUCCAGCGGCUGCGGCGCCGGCCCUGACCCAGAUCCUCCGCCCCCAGACUCGACUGGCAGCGGAGCCCCGCAGCCUCCUACUGGUGUCGGAUGCGAGAGUCUGUCCUUAAGUGAGAAAUCAGGCCUCACUGGAGACAUUCAAGCAAAGGUUGGACAACAACUUUUCCAGAACAGAAAGGAAACUCAUGCAUCAGAAAAGGCUCCGGACGCGCAGGCUCAGCGGCCAUGGCUCAUGGCCAUGUGGGAUGUGGGAUCUUCCGCGGCAUGUGGGAUCUUCCCGGACCGGGCCACGAACCCGCAUCCCCUGCAUCAGCAGGCGGACUCUCAACCACUGCGCCACCAGGGAAGCCCCCAAUCUGUCUUUUGAUUCUUUAGACUACUUAUAUUUAAUGUAAUUGUUUAUUAAGGCUUAAAUGUGCUAUUUUAUUUUUUAUUUUCUGUUUGUUCUGGUUUUGUUUCUCUUUUCUUGCCUUCCUGUGGAUUAUUUUUGUAAUUUAUUUUGAUUAAUCUAUAAUGUUUUUGAGUGUAUCUCCUUGUGUUCUUUUUUAGUGGUUGCUCUAGCUUAUCACAGUCUAAUGGUGUCAGCAUAUUACCAGUUUCAGUGAAGUGAGAAAACCUUACCUCCCUUUACCCUCCCCAUUUAAAGUAUACAUUUAGAACCAUGUUAGACAGUUUUAUAAUUUUUGCUUCAACUGUCAAAUAUAAUUUAGGAAACUCGAGAAGAAAAGGAAAGGGUACUGUACCUGUUCCUAUUUUUAUUACUGUGUUGUUCCUCCUUGAUGUUCCAAGUCUCCUUUUAUCAGUUUUUUUCUGCUCAGAACUUUAAGAAUUUGGUGCCAGCAGACCUGCCUGAAAAGGAUUAGUUUUCCUUCAUUUGAGAAUGUCUUAAUUUCACCUUCAUUCCUGAAGGAUAUUUUUGCUAGAUACAGGUUUCUGGGUUGACUGAUGAGAAAUCUGCUAUUAUCCUAAUUGUUUUUCCCCAUAGAAGAUGUCGCUUUUCUCUUGCAAGCGACAUCUUGCAAGACUAAAUUUUUUGUCUUUAGUUUUUAAAUGUUUGACUAUGAUGUAUCUUGAUGUGGAUUUCUUUGUGUUUACGCUUUUUGGAAUGCAAUUCAGUUCUUGAAUGUGUAAGCUUCUCUUCUUUUGCCACAUUUGGGAAGUUUUCAGCCAUUAUUUUAGUACUUUAACAGCCCUGCCCUCUUUCUCUUCUUCCAGGACUCUAAUAAAACAAAUGUCAGUUCUUUUGUCACAGUCACACAGAUUCCUGGUACCCUGUCAUUUUUUUUAUUCUAUUUUUCUGUUAUUCAUAUUGGAUAAUUCUAUUUUGUAUCUUCCUCCUUCCUUCACAGGUUCCUUUUUCUAUCCCCUCCGAUCUGCUGUUGAUUCUGUCUGUUGAGCUUCUUUUGUUUUUUUCUAUUUUUCACUUCUUAAAAUUUCCAUUUGGUUCUUGAUAUCUUAUAUUUCUUUGCUGAGUUUUAUAUUUUUUUAAUUUGUUUCAGACAUUCUUAAUUAUUCAUUGAAACAUUUUUUGUAAUAGCUAUUUUAAGAUCUUUGUCAGAUAAUUCUAACAUCUCUCAUCUCAGUGUUUGACAUCUUUUUUUCCUUAAGAUCUUAGUUCUUGGAAUGAGUUUUGUUUGUUUCUGUUUUUUUGUAACCUAGACAUUUUGCAUCUUGUGUUAUGAGACUCUAGAUCUUGUUUAAACCUUCUCCUCUAGCUGACUACUUUUGACACUGCUUCAUGGGGUGGGGGCACCUUAUUACUGCCAGGUGAGAGUAGAAGUCCAAGUUCCUCACUCUGUCACUAGAGAGGGUGGGUGGUGUGUGUGUGUGUGUGCGCGUGCGCCAGGGGGUGUGGGUGAUGUUCCUCAUUUCUGCUGGGUGAGCGUAGGAGUUACGGAUCUCUACUAGGCCUUCAUUGGUGUCUCCCUGGCUGAGGACUGGAGUGCCUCAUUACUACUCCCCACGUGGCCUCCACUGACACCACAGGAGGGCAUGUGGCCUGAUUACCAUGGGGCAGUAUGUAGGUCCUGAAUCUCAACUAGGCCUCCUUUGAUACCACCCGAGAGGGAAGGGAGAAAGGUACUUCAUCACUGACAACAGAGGUGGAAGUCUAGGCUCCCCAUGCAGUUUCCAGUGACACUUGGGGGAGGGGUCCUUAUUAAUGUCCAGCAAGAAUUAAAGUCCCUGCUCCCUAAUCACCCUUCUCUGACACUAUUCUGGUGUGGGAGUUGGAGUGUCUCGUUAAAACCUAGUGAGGGUGGAAGUCUAUCUGGCUUAUGCUGAUGUGGGUGGGGAUGAGAACCAAAGUUUUUUCUGUGUUGGCCUGGAGUACAGCAGUUAUUGUUUAAAAGAUUUCUGUUUUAUAGGCAGGCUUCCCCUUUCCUAGGCUUUUGGCUAGAGAAGGCAGACUUUUGGCUGGGGGUACAGAGGGGCUUUUUGACUACUCCAACUGGCUAUUUGCAGAUUGCCAGCUUUUUCAGCUCCAAGUUUGUGAUAUAUGAGACCCCAGACAAGGGAGAGAAUUCACUACUGUGAUGUUUCUCGGGUCCCAAGGGCCCUAGCUAAUAUACUUUCUCCUCUCUACUUUUUAGUCUUAUGUUUGUUUUAUGUGUAAUGUCCAGGGGUUUUAGUUGUACUUAGUGAGAAGAAUAGGGAAAAGCACAUCUACCCCACCUUCCCAGAAGCACAAAUCCUAAACCUCACUGUAUGAUAUACUUACAGGAUUCUCUGUUUCUUGGCUGGUUAGUGAUAAAAUUUUAUAGCAGCUAUAAAGAUGCAUCUUACCUCAGAAGCAUGGCUGGUUUCAUAACUAGCACAGUACUUGGUACAUUAAAUAAAUGUUUACUGAAUGAAUAUCUACCCAUAUCUAUCUAGCAAAAUAGUAACUGCUGAGAUCUCAAACUGUAAAUAAGUUUGAAGUUGAUAUUAGAAAAUAAUGGAAUAAUUAGGUUUGUAUUUCUAUGCAGUUCCGUAGUUGGAGGGUGUGGAAUCAGUGUUUCAUGACUUAAGUGAGCAAAGAGUAAAUAUAAUGGAAGUAUCUUACCUGGGACAUAUCAAUGAUGAUAGUCACAGCAAUACCUGAAAAAUUGUGACCUUCAGUUAAUUCCUGGUAUUUUUCAGGUAGUUUAUGUGGUUAAAAUAUAUAUAUUAUUUAUAAAGCUGUGAAGUAAAAUAGGAAUAAAGAGCGUUCUUGGUAACUUUUUAGGUGUUUAUGGAACACUAGUUGCCUGCAUGUUGGGCUAAUCUGAAACCUCUACUGCAUUGUUUGUAGCAGAUAUCGAAGAAUUUUAAUAGAAAAGAUAGUUUAUAACUGUUACUACUAAACCAGAGAUUCCCUGAAGUAUAGACAGUCAGAAUUUUGGAAUGAGACUAGGAUAGCAAAUAGAAAAGAACUGGUGCUUUCCCUUGCAUGUGGAAAAAAUAACUUUUUAAAAAUGGCAGUAAUACUUAUGAACACACAGGAUAAGGACAAAAGAGCAGGGAAGAAUAAAUGCAAAAGGGGUAAAGUUUUAUACAUGGUUGGGAAUGCUGGAGUGGAAUUACCAUUGAUUGUAUUUGUUAAUCAAAAUGAGAAUUUUCUUUCACGAUAGUAGCAUACACUCUGCCCUAAGCUUGAAUUUCCUACUUAAUCUCCAUGUGAGCUUCAUGAAAAUUUCGUGCUUUUCACAGCCACUUUAAAUAAUAAUUGAUGAGCUAGUAAGAAUGACAUACACAUCCAGUUUAUGAGAUUUCAUCUGUUUUAGAACUAGCCAGGAUAGAAUAAGUAAAUAACGUGAUACAUUCUUACAUCAUAAUUAACUGAUCCUGGGUCCUCCAUUUAGGAUAUGUGAAAAUCCCAGUAAUUCAGAAACACUCUUUGACUUCCUUAUCUUCACUUCUCUGUUGCCCCCAAGUUAGAUCAAAAGUGUCAUAUGUUCAGAAGUUUCUGGUAAGUCUCUGUGAUUACCCUUUUUGAACUGUAGAAUGUACAACUCCUGUAACUUUCUCUUAGAGUCUUUUAGAACUCUCUUUCAUGAGUGUUGUUGAUUAAUAAGUGGAUGGUGUUUGUUAAUUAAUAGAACCUUUGCAUUUACAUAGAGAUAGUAAAAGGAUCUUUAGUAGCACAGAUCUAAGUUGUAUUAGGAACCAGGGGGAUAGUUAACUUAAGUACUUAUAGGAAGACACCAGAGAGCUCUUUCCCAUAAAACCGUACUACGCAUGGGACUUUAAUACGUAGCUUUGCAAGGUAACAGAGCAAACUGUCUAAAAAAUGGAGAUGUAGAUAGGGCCUUUGGUUCUCAUAGCUAGCAUUAAGAAAAUCGAGUUCUAAACUGUAAGGUUCUUAUUAAUGACCUGGGAGAUUGUGGGGGGGCAUAUAAUUACAUAAUCAGAAAUUUAUAAAAUAUGAACAGUAAUUUCAGGUAGACUCGUUUCAGUGCUAUUUCAAAAUCUGUGCUUGUUUUGAUUACCUUCAACUAGCCUACAGAAAUUUGUAUACAAACUGACAAACUUUUUACUUUUAAAUCAGGUGACUAAUAAACAUACCAAAAGAAUAUGGCUGCACAAAUACCAGAAUCUGAUCAGAUAAAACAGUUUAAGGAAUUUCUUGGAACCUACAAUAAACUUACAGAAACCUGCUUUUUGGACUGUGUUAAAGACUUCACAACAAGAGAAGUAAAACCUGAAGAGACCACCUGUUCAGAGCAUUGCUUACAGAAAUAUUUAAAAAUGACUCAACGAAUAUCUAUGAGAUUUCAGGAAUAUCAUAUUCAGCAGAAUGAAGCCCUGGCUGCCAAAGCAGGACUCCUUGGCCAACCACGAUAGAGAAGUCCUAAUGCAUGGACUUUUGAUGAAAGAUUGCCAACAACUGUUGCACUGGAAAUGAGGAUUCACCUGACAGAAUCCCAUGAAAGCAGUAGCCACCAUGUUAAACCAUCUGUCAUGACUGUUUGGCAAACGGAAACCACUGGGGAAACAAAAUUGCUGUUUACCAGAAUAAUCAAAAUAGGUCUUAUUGUUCAAUGAAAAUAAUAAGAUGCAACACUUGUUGAGGCCUUAAGAUUCAGCAGCUUGGUCACUUGAUUAGAGAAAUAAACCAUGGUUUCUUCAAUUAUGACUGUUAAUUUUAAAGCAAAAUACGUGUUCAAUCAUGUAUGAGAUAGAAAAAAAAUUUUAUUACUAAAAGGAAAAUAAAUGGAAAUAUCACUGAGCAGUUUAUACUAUAUAGCACCAUAGCAUUCUGACUGGAUUGUGGAUACACUGAAAUGUUUUUCAAUCAAGAUCAUCCUCCAAGUAUUCCUGUUCAUUCAUGUCUGCCUCAAAUUGCUGGUAAAUACAUAAAAUCAAUUUAAUGCA